UGCAAAUUGCAAUACAACUACACAACACAACAACAAACAAAAACUUUAAUCAAAUUCAAUUCAAUAAAAUCAAAAAAAAAAAAAAAAUUAAAAAUUCAACGAUUCUCUUCUCGAAUAUACUCACUCCUUCCUCAUCAUCAAUCAUCAUCUUUCACUAUUCUCUUCUCCAUUAUCAUCCUCAUCUUCUUCUUCAAAGCCUUCUUCAUCUUCCACAGAUUCAACCAACCUUCACCUUUCACCUCAGUUCUACGCCGUAACCGUUUCCGGUGCUCACCACGCGCCACCAUCACCACCUCCGUUAGAUCCUGAAACUGAACCUCUAAGCCUUUGAAACGGAACAAGGAAUAGCGUUUCCUUCAGUAGAAGAAACAGAAGAAGCUAGCUAUUGCUCAGUGUAUAUAUAUUACAGUUUCUGAUUGAUCUGUUUUUUGUGAACGAACUUGUUGAUUGUUGAUUGUUCCACGCACGCGCCUCGGAUAUGGAUUUGGACGAUUUCCGAUCCGUAUUGAAGACGGCGGGAAUCGACGUGUGGACGUUCAUCGACACCGCAAUCGCCGUCGCUUCAACGGAUUGCGCCGGCGAGCUGAGGCGUCGGAGAGACGGAAUCGUCCAGCGUCUCUAUUCCGCCACGUCGGCUCCUCCGCAGUGCCGGAACUGCGAGGGGAGCGGCGGCGGUUUGAUUCCCAACGGAAAGCAAAUCAGCAAGCGGAGCAGUCCUAGCCCCAGUCCUCAGCGCCGCGGCACGGUUUCUCCGGCGACGCCGCAGUCUCUCGGAAACGAUGAGGAGAAUGAGGAAGAGGUGGAUCCUUAUGGUGGCUUGUUCGAUGAUGAACAGAAGAAGAUUCUAGAGAUUAAAGAGCAACUCGAAGAUCCUGAACAGACUGAAGAUUAUUUGGUGGAGUUGCUGCAAAAUCUGGCGGAUAUGGAUAUUACAUUCCAAGCGUUAAAGGAUUCUGACAUUGGGAGGCAUGUGAAUCGGUUGCGCAAGCAUCCUUCCAAUGAAGUUCGCCGAUUGGUUAAGCUACUUGUCAGGAAGUGGAAGGAGAUUGUUGAUGAGUGGGUGAAGCUGAAUCCACAGAAAGGAAACAACAGUUUAAUGGCUGAUGGAGACUCUCCUCUGCAGAAAACCACCCAAAAUGGGCAGCAUCAUCAGAUUCCAGAUUUUGCGUACUCGCCAAAUCCACACAAUGGGAGCUCUGGGUCUGACCGCAACAACUCAGAAGCAGAACCUAAACCGAAAGUGAUUCCUCGCCAAACUCCGCCAAAACCAACGCCAUCACCAUCAGUUACCACUCUUGCAUUUACUCCUCAAAAUAAGCAAAGAGAACAGAGGAAUAGCAAUUUUGAGGCGGAGAAGCUUGCUUCGGCAAGAAAACGGCUUCAAGAGAACUACAGAGAUGCUGAAAAUGCCAAAAAGCAAAGAACGAUUCAGGUGAUGGAUAUCCAUGAGUUACCAAAGUCAAAAUCCAAGAACACCUUCUUUGGAAAGAACAAAGGAGGAGGUAGUUCACAGGGAAGGCACUGGUGAUGCAUGUUGUUCCAUUGUUCGUCCGUGCCAAUUUCACGUGUAAAAAAAGGUUGUGGGGGUGCCGGAUGAACGCCCUGAACCGGUUCAUCCCUGAGGUGGAUUGUUCCUCCGAUGAUGAUAAACUUAUUUUUUUCUUGUUGGUUUUUGUUUACUUAAAUUAAUAAUAACCGAAGGAAAAAAAUUCCACGAUAUUUUUCCUUUUUGAAAGGGGACUUGUGGGGUUUAUUUAUUGAUGAGCAGCACGUGAAUUUGGCAUCAGGAUAUAGAUAGAAAAUGAGACUAUGAGAGUGUGGGGCAAAAAAUGUUUUUUUUCUUCUGAAAUAUAUAAAAAAAUGCUUUGUACCGGAGGUUUUGGAGUGCAGACUUCUGCUCAGGAGACAGUGGGUGGUUACGGUUCGAGCAAUCCCUCGUGAGGGGAACUACGUCGCAGAUUUCAUGGCUAAAUCAGCUCCGGUUCAGCUUGGUCAUCGUCUCCUACGAGAACCAGAUCCUGAUUUACAAGUCCUCCUUAUGAAAGACUCUUUAAGUGCCUUGUAGUCCUUUUCUCUGUUUUGUUAGCUUUCCGAUGUAUCGAAAAAAAAGAAAUAUAUAAAAAAAUAUUUUGGUUGAAA